UACUGCGGGGAGUAGAUAUCAACCACAUGUGUCACCACCUCAAAUUCAGCAUCCAACGUCGCACUACUAUCGGUCGUCGAAUGGACUGCAUCAUGGGAAAGCACCUUCGGCACCGAUAAUUACCAUGAAUGGAAUACAGAAAACGUCACCCAUUCGUGAUAUGGGGUUGAGUUCUUCGACAUGCAAUUCCAUGAAUGGGAAAUUCUUGGGGGUUAGGAAACCUAGUAUUACACUUAGUUCAGCAGAUGCUACUAAUAACAACGAAAUGUUUGCCUUUGCUAAGGAUUGUUCACCAGUGGAUCAUUUAAGUGAGGAUUCACCAAUCUUUUCCGAAUUGGCUUCAUCAAUAUCUCCAUCAACUAGCUCAAGUUCACCAACAUUUAAUCGUCUCUUCAGCUUGAGUCCAUCAUCUAUUAGAAGUUACGCAUUAGAUAAUAUGUCUGACUUCUCGGACUCAACACAACACGUCAGCCCAGCAGCAGCAUCUUUGAUAGAAAAUUUCCAUAAGAAAAAUGGCACAAUUGGUCCAAGUGCUGCUAUAGCAGUGGGCAAUAAUGGCGGAACAAGUUCGCCAACAGUAACUGGUGGUUCGGUUGGUGCCCUCAGUUCAAUGUCAUCAAAUACCAGACAAAAUUUAAUCAAUACAAGUUCUAGUUCUAGUAGUAGUCUUAAGGAAACCUCAUCCACAUCACAACAGGUUGUCAAUAGUAGCAGUACGACGACACGUGUUGAAAAGAAAUCCCAACGUUUACAUCAAGUUACAUCCUCAUCAUCGUCGUCAUCAUCAUCAACGUCUGAAAUGAAAGCUACCGCCCUUAAACGUGAUUUAAGUGAAAUCAAAAAUUCAAUGUCUGAAAUAAAUGAUCUUGCAAUGAGCUGUACAGCAACACAAAAAUUAAAUGACUUAAAGAUGAAUAGUACAUCAGCAACACUCGAUCAAAUUCAAAAGAAAAUUCGCUCAUCAAUCGAAAAUCUUGUUGAUAGUCCAGUAGGUGAACCGUUGGUAACAUUUCCCGAUAGUGAAGAUGACCAUCAUGAUCUUAAAAUGGAUUUAGUUAGUGCUUCCAAGAAUGCCUUGACAAAUGGUUUGAGUGGAUCUUCUAAAACUGUCGAUACAGUCAAAUUUGAAGAGAAACGAUCAAAAACCGAAUCGAAAACUAAAAUUAUUACAGAUGGAUUUAGUUCGGAACAAGCCACUAGUAAUAUGGCCUUAAGCAAACGUUUGCAGGCUGGUGAUAUUGAUUACAAAGAGGCCAAAGCAGCUUCUGCUAUGAGAAAUAGACUGGAAGUAGACGGAGUUAAGACAGAAGAAAAUGCUGCUGUUGUUCAGGAAGCCCUAUCCUUGCGUACCGGCGAUGUUACCCAACAAAGCUUCAACAAUGUAGCUGCCGCAAGUAUAAAAGUCCAAGGUGACAGUUUUAGCGCCGAACGAAAGGCAAUCUCACAAGAGCAAAAAAGUCAAACAAUGACAACAAAUGGUGGUAUUAUCAACCAAGAAAAACAAGUAUCCUCAGCAUCACAAUCAAAUUAUACCAUCACAACCAGAGGUGUGUCAAGUUCGGCAACCAAUACGAUCUCAUCAUCAUCACAAAUGUCCUCAAAUGGUCUAAUUCGGUCUGAUCUACAGUUUGACGACUUGAGAUCCUUGACAUCUGGCAGUUCUUUGCGUGACAUUGAAAGUGCCAAAAGUAAAUAUUCAACUUUUCUCAAGAAAUUUGUUAAUAGUCUGAAAGAAACGAAUCCACACGAAAAGCCUGUCUACUUGGAUACCAUCAAUAAAGUUAUACAAAAUGCUUGGGCAGUACCAACUCAUGGUCAUGAGCUUGGUUAUAGUUUGUGUAAUUCGCUGCGAGUAAGUGGCGGUUUGGAUAUGUUGAUGGAGAAUUGCAUGCAAAAAGAUCAAGCUGUACAGUUUUCUUCGGCACGUCUGCUCGAGCAGUGUUUGACGACAGAAAACAGGACGCACGUUGUAGAUAAUGGGCUUGAUAAAGUUGUUAAAGUGGCAUGCGUGUGUACAAAAAAUACCGACACUCAACAUUCAAGAGUUGGUACCGGAAUUCUUGAACAUCUCUUCAAACACAGUGAAGGUACCUGCUAUGAUGUGAUUCGUCUAGGCGGUCUUGAUGCAGUACUUUUCGAAUGCCGAACCAAUGAUGUUGAAACUCUGAGACAUUGUGCUAGUGCUUUAGCCAAUCUAUCUUUGUAUGGUGGAGCAGAAAAUCAAGAAGCCAUGAUAAAUCGGAAAGUCCCUAUGUGGCUGUUUCCGUUAGCUUUCCAUCAUGAUGACAAUAUUAAGUAUUACGCGUGUUUAGCCAUUGCAGUGCUAGUUGCCAAUAAGGAAAUCGAAGCCGAGGUCUUAAAGUCUGGUACCUUGGAUUUGGUAGAACCGUUUGUAACCUCUCAUGAUCCCUCAGAAUUCGCAAAGUCAAAUUUAGCACAUGCACAUGGUCAAAGCAAACAUUGGCUUGAACGAUUAGUUCCAGUUUUAAGUUCAAAUCGUGAAGAAGCCAGAAAUUUAGCAGCUUUCCAUUUCUGUAUGGAAGCCGGUAUUAAGAAAGAACAAGGAAACACUGAAAUCUUCCGAGAAAUCGGUGCCAUAGAACCAUUGAAAACUGUAGCAAGCUGUCCGAAUGCCAUAGCUUCAAAGUUUGCCGCUCAGGCAUUACGCCUAAUCGGUGAAACCGUUCCACAUAAGCUAUCACAACAAGUCCCAUUGUGGUCUGUUACAGAUGUCCAAGAAUGGGUUAAACAAAUUGGAUUUGCUGCCUUCGAGCAGCAAUUCGUUGAUUCACAGGUAGAUGGUGAUUUAUUACUUAAACUUAACGAAGAAAAUCUUCGCGAUGAUAUUGGUAUCUCGAACGGUAUUUUAAGAAAACGUUUCGCACGUGAAUUACAAAAUUUGAAAAAAAUGGCCGACUACUCAUCGAAAGACUGUGCCAAAAUGUGCCAGUUUUUGAACGAAAUUGGGCCCGAGUACUGCACCUACACUUAUGCCAUGUUAAAUGCUGGAAUUGAUAAAUCCUCGCUGAGACAAUUGAACGAAGAUAUGUUGUUAGCAGAUUGUGGUAUCCACAAUUCGAUUCAUAGAUUUAGGAUUCUAAAUGCAGUUAAAUCGCUUGAGAAUUCCUUACAGAGUGUUUCGGAAGAAAAUAUGGCCAAGACUCUUGAUGUAUUUGUUAGCUAUCGGCGGUCAAAUGGAUCACAAUUGGCCAGUCUUCUAAAAGUCCAUUUACAACUUCGAGGAUUUUCUGUGUUUAUUGAUGUUGAACGACUUGAAGCUGGAAAGUUCGAUAAUGGCUUAUUGAACAGCAUCAGACAGGCAAAACAUUUCAUUUUAGUAUUAACUCCAAAUGCCCUAGAAAGAUGCGUAGAAGACUAUGAUGGAAAGGAUUGGGUGCACAGGGAAAUUGUUGCAGCUCUCAACUCAAAUUGCAACAUUAUCCCAAUUAUUGAUAACUUCCGUUGGCCCGAGGCCGAAAUGCUUCCAGAAGAUAUGCGCAGUGUUUGCCAUUUCAAUGGAGUCACAUGGAUACAUGACUACCAGGACGCUUGCAUCGAUAAACUAGAAAGAUUCAUGCGUGGCGAAAAGAAUCCAGAUCGAAUUGGAGUGGCGCCUAGCACACCGGGAUCUGCUUCGGUAACAUACCAAAGAAUGCACAGUAACGAUUCCGAUUAUCAGACAGGCGUUAGUAGUUGUGGAGGCAGUACAGUUGGCACAAAUGGCGGAUGCAGUGCGGGCAGUGGAAAUAGCAACGGUUCGGGCAACAACUGUCAAGGAACAAACGGUGGACAAGCAGCUAAUCAUCCGGCAAAUAGAUACCGUAAAUCAUCCAGUCCGGGCCGCACAUAUUUUGGUGGUGGCAACGGGCACCACGGUGGUAGCGGUGUGAUCUCUGGUGCAGGUUCGGUGGGUGGCAUUGGUCCUUAUGGCGGUCGUGGUGGAUCAAAAAGGAAUCUUCUAUUCCCACCAUAUCGAUCAAGUCCUAUCUCGGCCAGAACCGUUAAUAGCAAUAUGUCAAAUGGGGUUUUUAACGGAAGUGGUUCGAUAGCACCAACUUCUCCAUAUCGAGCGGGACGUCGAAGUUCAGCUGUUGCAAUUCCAAAUACAUCGACGCAUUCGCCAACAUCGAGUUUUAGAAGUCAUAGUUUGGGUGGUCUGUUGGAUGGAGGCUCAGGAGACGAUGAGAAUGUUGGAACUGGUGGCGUUGGUAGCAACGAUGCAGUUACACCAAUUGAAGCCAGCUGUGAAUCGGUUGUUCUCAAGAGAGACAAGUCAACCACAAUGUUAAAUACACAAAAUCGUAAAUCACGAAGUCUUGAUCAAUUGUUGGAUGAUUUUCCAAUAACAGUUCCCAGCAUAACAGAGGGCACUCAAAGCAUGCACAAUCUUGCCACGCCAGCUACACCCGAUGUUAAUAGGGGGUGUUUGGAACCAAUGGAAUCCUUAAAUGAAUCAUCACCAAAGUCAUCAAAGACUUUGGCCAACCCAUCGCCAACCUCAACCAGAGAUUCACAAUCCGUUACACCUGAACGCACUGGGUCCCGUCAAAGCCCCGAAGGCAUCAGCUCGGCCGAAGAUGACCGUGAAGAUACCCAAUCGAACUACAGUACCGGCUCAAAGGACACCGGUAAAAGUUCAAAUAGUCAGAAAACCCUCUUCAAUCGGACUUUGAAAAAAGUCCGGUCGCUCAUGAAAAAACCGUAAAAAGUCAUCUCCGUUAUGCCUGAUGUGUCCGUGACAGCAUUAAAUUGAAUGAUUGUAUAAAAAAGCUCAUCGAUACACCCAUUUAUACAGAUAAAAAAAUAAAAAUCUUUAUUCAGUUAUAUUGAAUAAAAACUGGGUGUCAAGGUGCAUUGCAUUGCUUAAAAUGUUUCUGUUAAGUUAUAAGUUUUAUUAUUUAUCUAAAUAUUGUGUUGUUUUGCCUGAUUUUUUUUUUAUAUAAAUGUAAAAGUCUUGUUAUGUAGAUAUAUUUUAUUUCUAUAAUUUUUCUUCUUCUUUAUGUAAUUUAUUUUAAAUGUGAUUUUUUUAAGGAAUUUUAUUUAUUUUUUUUUUAAUUUUUAUUUUGUCACGAUCACAAAACUCGCACUCAUACACACAAAACAAAAAAAACUACAAAUACAUUAUUGUAUCAAAAAUUCAGCAGUGACAACGAAGAUGAUGUUGAAAUGCAAGGAAUAAUACUUUCAAAAAUCACUACGCCAAAAAUUUUAUUCCGAUAGGUGGCGUACAUCACAUAUUAUUUUUUUUUUUAUUUAACAACAUUGGUUUUCCAUUAAAACGAAAAACUUGUAUUUUCUUUGACUGGCUCUAAGAAAAACCUAAUCAAGUUAAUAACUUUUUUUUUAACAUUAAAUUAAAAUUAGAAAAAAAAAUCAUUACAUAAAGUUAAUAGUAAUUUUUUUCAUCUUAAAUUUAAAUUUAAACAGAAAUAAUUUUGAAAUAGAUAAAUUUCUUUUUUGCAUAAAAAUAAAAAUUCAUAGAUUGAACUUAAAAUAGAAAACAAAAAAUAUGGUGCCUUACUUUUUACAGCUUUCUAAAAAAAUAAAAUAAACGACACAUAAAAUUCUUCUUACAUCAAUCAUUGUAUAAAAAGUAAAAUUAUUUCUAAACUAUUUUAAGUUUUAACACAUAUUUAAUGUAUAGUACCUGUUAAGUAUAUAAAAAAAUAUUUUAUUAUUAUUUUCUGUCGUAACAUUGUGAUUUAUAUUUUUUUUUAAUAAGUUUACACAAACAAAAAUUGAUCCAGCUGUUCUUAAAAAAUAUAUUUGAGUAGAAUAGUUGGUAUUAAAAAUAAAAUUAAACUGUUAUACAAAGUUCUAAUUUGAUGGAAACUUGAAGAAAAGAUUGAUGAUUUCUCACUAAAAUAUAAUACAAUCAUUUAUUGUAUUUUCAUCACAGAAAGUUUAUUCAUUUUAACAAACAACAUUAAACAAAAAAAAAAUAAAACGAAUUGAGCUCUGCGAAGCAUAUAAAAUGUGUAAUUAUUUCGAAAUUAAUAAGUUUGUAUUUUAAAUUUUAAAUACACACUUUUAAGUUGUUAAUUAUAAUAACACAAAAAAAUAUACUUUAAGUUUU